UGUACUGUCUGGUUUCGGCUUCGCUCCUCAGUUAUUGACUUUUGUUUGGUUUAACUUCAAUGGCCUCGAGCAGCCAAACAGCAUCCUCAUCCCAUCUUCCAUCAGCAUUCUCAUCUCCUCCUGGGUGGAAUAAGUACGAUGUAUUUCUGAGUUUCAGGGGUGAAGACACCCGCAGGACUAUCGUCUCCUCUUUAUACCACGAACUUCGAAACAGAGAAAUUGAAGCGUUUAUGGAUGACACAGGGCUGAUCAGGGGCACGUCUAUUUCUCCGAUUCUUCUAGCAGCAAUCCAAGAAUCCAGGUCAGCGAUCGUUGUUCUCUCACCAAAUUAUGCUGAUUCUAAAUGGUGUUUAGACGAACUGGCAAUGAUCAUUCAAUGCAUGGAAAAUAAUAGCACAACAGUGAUUCCAAUCUUCUAUGAUGUGCUUCCCCAUGAUGUGCGACAUCAGAGGGGGAGUUUUGCAAAAGCCUUCACUAGGCACUUAGAAAGAUUCGCACAAGAAGAUGAUAAGUUGAACCAGUGGAGAGCUGCUCUGACAAAAGUUGCAGGUCUCUCUGGCUUCGAAUCAAACAAAUAUAGUUCUGACUUAGAACUUGUCCGAGACAUUGUGGAAACGGUGUGCAAUGAAUUACGACCUAUUGAUGUUCAGUGGGCACUGUCGUCUACCGGAGAUUUUGUAGCAUUUGAAGCAACAAGACGAGCCAUGAACAAAGUAAUGAGGGCACUUCAAGAUGAUGAGAUCACGGCCAUUGGAGUCUUUGGAAUGGGAGGCGUUGGCAAGACAAGUAUGGUGAAACAUGUUGGUGCACAAGCCCGGAAACUUGGUCUUGUUCAUCAUGUGAUUAUGGCUGUUGUGUCCCAAGCACCUAAUUUGAGAAAUAUUCAAGGUACACUGGCUGAUCUGUUAGGGUUAAAAUUGUUAGAGGAGACAGUUUUCGGGAGAGCGGUUAGAUUGAUGGAGAAAAUAAUGAAGGGAAGUAGAAUCCUUAUAAUCUUGGAUGACAUUUGGGAGAGAAUAGAUUUGUCUAGCAUUGGAAUACCAAGCCAUGAUGAGCUUCAAAGGUGCGGUUCGAAAAUCAUAUUCACCACGAGGAGAUUGAGUGUUUGCCAUACCAUGGAGAGCCAAGAAAUCAUUCCUCUCCAAGUCUUAUCAGAAGAAGAUGCUUGGAACCUAUUUCAGAAGAAAGCAAGAACGCCCUUACAUGAAUCAACAAACUUGUAUGGUGUAGCACGCACAGUAGCAAGAGAAUGUGCUGGUCUCCCAAUUGCAGUGAUAGCAGUUGCCAGGGCACUUGGAGAUCAAGAUUUAGAUGAUUGGUGGGAAGCAGCUUAUCGUCUAAAGGCUGGUCAGCCGGCCAACUAUGAAGAUGAGAGGGAUGUGUUCAGAUGUAUAAAGCUAAGCUAUGAUUACUUGAGACCUGAUGAUAACAACAUUGCCAAGUCAUUGUUCUUGCUUUGCUGUCUAUUCCCUGAAGAUUUUGAAAUCAAGGUCGAAGACUUGUUGGUGUAUGCUAUUGGAAUAGGACUAUUUCAAGAUGCUGAAACAAUUAGAGAAGCCAGAGCAAAAGCUCAUUUGGUGGUCAAGUACCUUAAAGCUUCUAGCUUGGUUUUGGAUAGUGCAUACCACGGAUUCGUGAAGAUGCAUGAUGUCAUUCGAGAUGUGGCCAUAACAAUAUCAUCCGAGGUUGGCCCAAGAUUUUUCGUUAAAGCUGGUUGUGAAUUACAGAGUUGGCCUGCAAUUCAUAAUGCACAUGAAGGCUACUCUGCGAUCUCGCUAAUGAGGAAUCAAAUUCAUAAGCUUCCGGAAAGGUUGGUAUGUCCAAAACUCCAGCUUUUGUUACUACAAAGUAAUGAUAAUAUAAAUGAGAUCCCAAUUCCUUUUUUUCAAAGUCCAAAUGAAUUGAGGGUUUUAGAUAUUAGUGAGACUGGUAUAUUGUUACUACCUUCAUCAUUAAGUCUCCUAACCAACCUGAAAGCUUUGUAUUUAGAUAAUUGCAAGAGGAUAGUUAACAUCUCCUUGCUUGGAAAGCUGAAAAACCUUGAAAUUCUCAGUAUGAAAAACCUUGGAGGAAUUCGUCAUAAACAAUUGCCGAAAGAAAUCGGGUGCUUGACCAGUCUAAAGAAGUUGGAUGUCACCAAUGCAUGUUUUGAAACAGUUCCAUCUAAAGUAUUAUCAAAUCUGAAGGUAUUAGAAGAAUUGUACAUGAAAUGUGAUUUUUGCAACUGGGGUAGUAGUCUUGUUGCAGGAGGCUUAUUUUCUUUUGUUUUUGGCAAGAAUGCUAGUUUUGACGAGUUGACAGGCUUGUUGCAUUUGAACAGUUUGAAAGUUGACAUACAUGAUGUAAAUUGCCUGCCUCCAGAGGUCAGCUCCAAUCCAUAUUGGGUUAACUUUGAUAUAUGUAUCGGUUGGAAAGAACAUAUGGAACAGUCCUACUACGGGCGCUUUUUUGAGAGGAAGCUAAAUGUGAGGUUGGAUGCAGAGUGGCAUCUCUCUCGGUAUCUGACUCUAAACACAAGCAUUGAAACUCUGCCGGAUUGGUUUAUUCACUUGGUGACAGAGAAAACAAAGAUGCUAGAGUACAUAGGGUGCAGAAACUUGGAGAACCUCCUUGUGGACCACGACCGUGGGAGACUAAAGGUGCUCCAGUUUCUUGCUGUGAUUGAGUGCCAUAUGGAUGUGUUGAUGAACUCGGUUCACAGUGAACCUGUGUUUGAGAGCUUGAUAUAUUUGUUUCUUGAAGGGCUCUAUGGACUUGAGAAGUUAUGCAUUGGUAACUUAGCACCAGGGUCACUGUGCAAUCUUAAGUUGUUAAAUGUGAGAAAUUGCCUGGAAUUGGAGGAUGUGCUGUUAACAUCAAAUUUGCUGCCCAUGCUACAAAAUCUGGAGACAUUACAUUGUGAGUACUCAAAGGACGUGAGAGUAACUAAAAUGGAAUAUGUGUUUGAUUGUGCAAUGCUGGAGCCGGAAGAAAUCAUCUUACCAAAAUUGAGGGAGAUAACAUUAUGUUAUAUUAUGAACCUAAAAGGCAUAUGCUAUGGUCAUCCUCCUAGGGGAGUCUUCUGUAAUCUGAACAGUUUGGCAAUUCGUGGCUGCCAGAAACUGAAAUAUCUGUUUGAAUACAAGGUAGCUCAAUCUCUUUUCCAAUUGGAACUCCUUUGGGUGGAGGAGUGCUCUGACUUGGAAACUGUUACUGAAACAAGCUGGGAGACGAAAAUUAUGGAGGAGUGGCCUGAGUUUGAAGCAGUUACAGAAGCAAGCUGGUUAACUAUCAAUAAGCUAUGUUUUCCAAAAUUGAAAGAAAUAUAUUUGAGUAGUCUUCCACAGCUCACAUGGAUCCAAGGGAGCUUUGAGUGUCCUUCGUUGGAACACUUGUAUGUGUACAAGUGCCCCAGACUUCCAGACCUUGUUGCUUCUGACUUCCAAAGCAAGAGCCACGUUAAAGCCAAUGAUGAAGGACAUUUUGCGAUUAUAUUUGAAAGAUUGUUCCACCGUCAAUUCAACCCAGAACAGAUUCCUCAGUUCUUCUCCAAAAAAGAAAGUGACUUCUCAGUUGGCUCCUUAAUGUAACGUUCAGUAUAAAUUGUGGUAGAUUGUUACAUGACAGACAAUUUAUAUUGAUAUGGAUUCCUGCAUGUAAUAGGAAGUUCAACAUGUUAUUGUAAUGAUAAAAUGCUCAUUUCUCAGUGUCUAUAUUUGCCAUUUGUUGAAUAUGAGCUCUUGAUCUGUCUGUUAAGGCUGCUAAACUAAUCAUAGGUCUUCCAAUGCAGGUUGCUUGAUUUUUCAUGUCUUCUGUUGUAAGAGUUCAAAUAAUCCUCUA